CAUAUAAAUAAAUGAUAUAAUCCAUUCAUACUCAUAGCAUUAAAUGGGGUAGAUUUACAUGACAACAUUUUCGAAUUCCCAAUUUCCAACUUUGUCCUUCACUUUGCAUUAUAAAAAGGUCGGAAAGAAAAUAAAAAAAGAAUAUAGAGACCUAAGUAGCCAUCGGCGGUUCACCGUGUUGUGGAGCGCCGGCGUCGUUUCCAGCUCAGACAUUGCAUGCAUUUGCACCCACCUACUCAAACCCUAAGAAUUCGCCGUUAUGGACGCCGUGGUGGUUGACGCUGGAACUAAGCUGCUCAAAUCCGGCUUUGCUGUUCCCGACCAGCCUCCUUCUAUGGUAAUUCCAACACAAAUGAAACGUGUACCUGAAGAUGAGUCCUUGGCGGAUUCCUCUUCCCUUGAAAAUGUGAUUAUUGAUCCAGUUGUCCGAGGCUUUAUUAGAGAUUGGGAUGCCAUGGAAGAUUUAUUGAGCCAUGUGUUAUAUACUGGUCUGGGUUGGGAGAUUGGCAAUGAGGGGCAAAUUUUGUUUACAGAUCCACUGGCAACUCCAAAGGCAGUUCGAGAGCAAUUGGUGCAAUUGAUGUUUGAGAAGUUCAACAUCUCAGGCUUUUUUGCAUCUGAGCAAGCAGUGCUAUCACUUUAUGCUGUAGGCCGCAUCUCAGGAUGCACUGUGGAUAUCGGCCAUGGAAAAAUGGAUAUUGCAUCAGUAAUCGAAGGUGCUGUUCAGCAUAUAUCUUCUAGAAGGUUUGAAAUAGGUGGUCUGGAUUUGACCAACUUAUUUGCUCAAGAACUUCGUAAAUCCAAUCCACAUGUCAACGUUACCAUCUCUGACGUGGAAAAGUUGAAGGAGCAAUAUGCCUGCUGUGCUGAGGACGAUACUGCUUAUAGAAGGUUCCAGCAGGGAUGCCCGGAGGAGCAACACACUCUGCCUGAUGGACAGGUGAUAAAAAUUGGAAGAGAAAGGUAUACUGUUGGUGAGGCCUUAUUCCAACCAGCCAUUUUAGGUUUGGAGGCUCAUGGAAUAGUUGAGCAGCUCGUUCGUUGUAUCUCAACCGUGUCAACUGAGAAUCACCGCCAGCUGCUGGAAAACACAGUACUAUGUGGUGGAACUGCUUCGAUGACUGGUUUUGAAGAUAGGUUUCAGAAGGAAGCUGCAGUUUCCUCCUCCGCUAUCCGGCCUUGUCUUGUGAAGGCACCGGAAUACAUGCCGGAUAAUUUGACAAGUUACUCGGCAUGGGUGGGAGGUGCCAUACUAGCCAAAGUGGUGUUCCCUCAAAAUCAGCACGUGACCAAGGCUGAUUACGACGAAAAUGGGCCUUCUAUUGUCCAUCGCAAAUGCUUUUAAGCAACAGCAUCAACUCUGCUAGAGGUUGCCGCUAGGCCUACAGUUUAUUAAAUUAGUAUUUCAGCUAUUAUCGAACUACAGGAAUCCCAAACUUCUCAAAUUAUGUAUGUCUGUAUGUAAUUUGAUAGGGUUUAGUGCAGCUUAAGCAAAAAACUACAUGUGAUUUCAGUUAGGGCAGCUUAGGCAAAAAGCUACAUGUGAUUUGAGUUAGAGCAGCUUAGGUAGAAGAAACUACAUGUGAUUUCAAACAAUUGCAUCAAAAGUUAAAUAUCUUAAAAUUGUUAUUAUCAUA